UUCCCUCUUUCUUUCCCUUCUUGUGCGACAAUCUACUCGUUUCCUCUCCCCCCAAACACGCAGUCUUUUCCAUUCAGUUCGUGUCUACUCACCCGGUUCACUCCUUUGACCGUCUGACUAAAUCGCAUCUUAACUUCCACUCUUUCUCCCCCCACUCAAUCACUCUAUUAUCCCGAUUUUGCAUUAAUAAUCCCUCCCCGGGUUUAUAUCUGAUUCAUUGUCUAUCUUAAUACUUCACCGUAUACAUUAACACCACCCAUCAAUCAUCAUGCGUUCCAUGUUCUACCUUGCGCUCAGCGCCAUGGCUACUCUCGCCAAUGCUGCCAGCAACCCUUUCAACGUUCCCACUGAAGGCUAUACCUUCACGGCCGGUAGCCCGACGACUCUGACCUGGGAUGCCAAUUCCAACGGAACCGUCAGCCUGAGACUCCAAUGGGGUGCUGUCUUCACCACCUCUUCUGGUGACAGUCUUGCCGCGGGUGUUGCCAACUCCGGCAGCUUCACCUGGACUCCUUCCGCCAGUCUGGUCAGCAGAUCCGAUUACGCGAUUGAGAUCAUCAACGAUCAAGACACGGAUGAUAUCAACUACACUCCUCGCUUCUCCAUUGCUGGUGUCACCGGCACUGCCUCCACCUCGACUGUCAAGUCCACGACUUCUAGCUCCUCGAGCACUUCCUCUUCCAGUGAGAAGACCAGCUCCGCCACCGCCACCACUCUGUCCACUGUGACCAGCACUGGCGCGGUCUCUUCCACCUCCCCUAGCUCCAACUCCACCGCCGUGACUGCGUCGAAGACCUCCACCGCGUCGUCCUCGUUUGAGUCGUCCAGCGCUGCGAGCACCACCGCCGCCAGUGCCUCUAGCACCUUCAUCCCGGCCAAUGCCGGGGUGGUCAACCGGGCGUCCACCGGCAUGCUCGCGCUGAUUGUCGCCGCUAUCGCUCUUGUCUAGAGGGUGGCUGAGGACCGUUGUUUAUCAUGGUUGACUUAUAGAUGACUCUUUUCCACAUUCUAGUACAUAGCUUUUAAGCGCAAUUCUUUCACGCCUUCACUGUUUCAGCUCUUCUUCUCUCCCUGUCAUUUCCUACCAGGACUUUCUUCUCAACUGCUGCCCGGUGUGAACGUCAAGGUUAUCUCGAAGUCAUUCGGGUUCUCAUGAGGCGGGCGAUGUCGUGGCAUUUUCAUUUUACAAUUUUUACUACCACGUUGUACUCCAGAUCGGAGGAGCUAAUGGUUUUGGAGGUCGAGUUGUAUGGUAUGAGGAUGUAGAUACGGAUACUGUAAUGAAUGAC